AUGGACAAGUUCAAGCAGGGGGUCAAGCGAGCUCUAUACAUCACAGAUCUCCUGGCAGACACUGUGGCGCAUUAUCCCAAGAUGCUCGAGGGUGCAGAGGCCAACGGCAAGAGGUUCCGCAACACCAAGAUCAUGGCGAAGAUAAGAUUUCAACAGAUCAGAAUCAUUCGUUGCCUACCCACCCGUGAUCUCGCAUUCUUGUUGGCGUUGACAACGAUGGCCGGAAGGGGGUACGCUCGUUAUCAAGGCCCGAAGCUCGAAACCGAACCAGACGGCUGGGAUAAAGUUAUCUCAUUCCAGGAGAUGAUCCUGCGACACGGUUCUUACAGCCUAUGGGGCUUUGUACGAGGUCCGAUUGAAAUCACCAAUCGUGUGCAGGACUACAUUCUAAAUGGUGUGGAUGAUAUUCGAGAGUGGGAAUGCGCGCAGCACUUCAUAUACCACGAUGAAGAUGGAGCAUACGAAGCGACGAGCUUGGACGACAGCGACACAUCUUGGAUGGUUGACAGCUUGCCCGGAUUACACUUGACGUUGAUGAGGGAGUUUAGAGCCCGCCUCGAGAAGAAAGGAGAAACAUUCUCAGACGCUGACAGGAUCAAUGAGGUUGUCGGCCAAAGUAUUGGCGAACCAAUUCAGGUAUAA